GGAACGAAAAAGCUUCACGACUUUCGCGAGAGAAAACACACAACCAGAGCAAGAAAACAAAAACGACCACAGAGAGAGAGAGAGAGAGAGCAUUCAUUCGAAAUCCCUCGCCUCUCUCCUCUCUCCUCUCUCAUCUCGGCCGCUGCCUCCUCACCUCGCCAACCAUCGCCGCCGCAGGCCCCUAGCCGCAAGCGGGCGGGAUCAGGGCGGCCGAGCCGGCCCAUUCCGUCCCCUCUUCAGCCGAGGACCAUAUAAUUCCAAGACCCUGAUGAUGGCCACAGCUGGUUAUAUUGAUGAUUCCUGUUCUGAGGUUAUUGAUCCCCCAAAGACUGAGGUACUGGAUGUUACUGAACUCACUGGUGACCAUAUUCAGCAGCCACCAAAACCAAAUGUGGUGGUGUCUAGCAGUGUGCGUGAUCUUCUGGAAUGUCCAGUCUGCUUGAGUUCCAUGUAUCCUCCUAUUCAUCAGUGCUCUAAUGGUCAUACAUUGUGCUCGGGAUGCAAACCAAGGGUUCAUAAUCGCUGUCCAACUUGUAGACAUGAACUGGGUAACAUAAGAUGCCUUGCUCUCGAGAAGGUGGCUGCAUCUCUUGAACUUCCAUGCAAGUACCAGAGCUUUGGGUGCUCAGGCAUAUAUCCUUACUACAGCAAGCUGAAGCAUGAGUCUCAGUGCCAGUAUAGGCCUUAUAGCUGUCCAUAUGCUGGAUCUGAAUGCACAGUUGCUGGUGACAUUCCGUACUUGGUAAAUCACUUGAAAGAUGAGCACAAAGUUGACAUGCACAAUGGCUGCACCUUCAACCAUCGCUAUGUCAAGCCAAACCCUCAUGAAGUCGAGAAUGCCACCUGGAUGCUUACGGUGUUUAGCUGCUUUGGCCAAUACUUCUGCUUACACUUUGAAGCCUUUCAGCUUGGCAUGGCACCUGUCUACAUUGCCUUCCUGAGAUUCAUGGGAGACGAUGCAGAAGCAAAGAACUACAGCUACAGCCUGGAGGUGGGAGGCACCGGACGCAAGAUGAUCUGGCAAGGGGUGCCACGGAGCAUCAGAGACAGCCACCGUAAGGUCCGUGACAGCUAUGACGGGCUGAUCAUCCAGCGGAACAUGGCUCUGUUUUUCUCGGGAGGGGACAGGAAGGAGCUCAAGCUGCGGGUCACUGGGAGAAUCUGGAAGGAGCAGUAGGAUAAUCAGGUAGUCCACCCUCUUCAGCCUUCGCGCUGUCCUGACCUCCUGAGGUCACGAAUCACAUUAGCAAGAGCUGUAGCCGCAUGCAGGAACCGACGAUUCGCAUUUUUUUUUUAGCCUGCUCUAGUUUGCUAUUGUCUUUUGGCUUCUGUAACCUGGUGCCGGUGGAUGUAGCACAUCUCAUGUAAACCAGGACGGUACUGAUGUAGAAUUGGUAGAGAUCUCUUCGAUUUGAACUGUCCAGGAGCUGCCAUUCUGUGGUAUAGGAGAAUCUAAUGGCAACUCAUGAGAUGCGUAUGAUA